ACAGUUAGUCUUGCAAAUUUUAACAUCAACAUUACUUCACCAUAUAACAUGUCGAAUAGUAGUACUUCAAAUUUUCUCUAUUUUCGUUACGCAAGUUUCAAAAAGUCGAUGUCUAAAUCUAGGCGAUCACUUCACCUAUCAAAGGUAAAGCAAACGCCAAGCACAACGUCUUUGGUUCAUUUCAGUCCAAAAUUGGAGGAAAUGAAAAGAGUGUUUGACAAAUUUGACACAAACAAAGAUGGAAAAAUCUCUAAAGAGGAAUACAAAUCGGCGAUGAAGAUGAUGAGCAAUGGUGGAGGAAAUACGAAAUCUUAUGAAGUUGAUGAUGCAUUUCAGGCUGCAGAUGCUAAUGGGGACGGUUUCAUUAACUUUGAGGAGUUCAUGAGAGUGCAGAAUCUCGAAGGUGGUGUGAAUUCAACUGAUAUUAAAAGCGCUUUCAAGGCGUUUGAUUUGGAUGGCGAUGGUAAAAUUAGUGCAGAGGAAUUGUUGCAAGUUCAACGAAUGAUGGGAGAAAAAUGUAGCUUAGAGAGUUGCAAGAAAAUGGUCAGAGGCGUUGAUGCUAAUGGGGAUGGACUUAUAGACAUGGAUGAAUUUGUGACAAUGAUGACGCGUACCAUGAAGCUCGUCUGAGAGUCGUUGUCUAAGUACACGAAAACAAUGUAGUAAUGUCAUACAAUAGCUGCAGAUAUCUAUAGUCUCGAUCCGUUUUCUUAAUGCAAUAAAGUGUCCUAUUUUCUAUGUUUGAGUUUGUUAUGCUGAUUAAGUUUCAAAAAAGACAUCCAAGAAAUAUAUAGCGUUCCAAUUCUAGCACUA